AUGAGCCGUUAUCUGUGGCUUCCCUUGUCCUAUGUAACCAACUCCGUCCGCAAGAACGGUGAAGAGGUCAAUGGCAGCGACUUCUUCUUGGCACUAUAUGGCCUCUCCAACACCACUUCCUUCUUCAGCUGGGGCAACCUGACCAUUGAAGACUGGGGCAUCUUCAACAAUCAUACCAAGUAUGAAGCCGAGUCCAAGAACCCGACUGUGAAGGCGCUGUUGAUUGUGGCUUACUCAGUCAUCAUUGUCAUCUCACUCUUCGGCAAUGUCCUCGUCUGCCAGGUGGUGAUAAAAAACAAGCGGAUGCAUUCCGCAACCAGCCUCUUCAUAGCUAACCUGGCCGUAGCAGAUAUUAUGAUCACCCUUCUCAACACCCCCUUCACACUGGUCCGUUUUGUGAAUAGCAACUGGGUGUUCGGCAAGUUGAUGUGUCAUGUUAGUCGCUUUGCUCAGUACUGUUCUGUGCACGUUUCUGUCCUGACCCUCACUGCUAUUGCUCUGGACCGGCACCAGGUUAUCAUGCAUCCCUUGAAGCCGAGGAUGUCUAAGGCUAAAGGAGUCCUCUGCAUCAUCAUCAUUUGGAUCAUGGCUACAGGUUUCUCUCUUCCACAUGCAAUCUACCAGAAGUUGUUUAAAGUUGAAUACAGGAAGGAGCGAGUGCGAAGCUUGUGUCUCCACAAUUUCCCACAGCCAGCAGAUUUGUAUUGGAAGUAUAUGGACUUGUCCACUUUUAUUCUCCUCUAUGUUCUGCCACUCCUGAUCAUAACCGUGGCAUACACUGCAGUGGCAAAGAAGCUGUGGUUGCGGAAUGCCAUUGGGGACAUCACUGUGGAGCAAUACUUUGCCCACAGACGUAAGAAAAAGAUGAUGCUGAAGAUGCUGAUGCUGGUGGUGGUGGUGUUUGCUGUCUGUUGGUUUCCCUUGAACUGCUACUUGGUGCUCAUCUCCAGCAAGGCCAUCAACACCAACAACGCCUUGUACUUCACCUUCCACUGGUUUGCCAUGAGCAGUACAUGUUACAACCCCUUCAUCUACUGCUGGCUGAACGCAAAUUUCCGAUCAGAAUUCAAAUCCUUGUUGAGUAUGUGCAGGAGGAGGAGGGCCACCCACGUGCAGCCACUUGCCUACAGCCCCCCUCCCUACAGGCAGGCAUGGAAUGAUGGGAGAAGCCACAAGAGGACCAGUGAAACUCGGAAUCCACGGUUUAGCACCAACACAAACUCCGCAAGGACUGAUAUUUCCAUUGUGGAACCCAUUGUGACAGUCGGUUAA